CCCCUCUGAUCCCAUCUCUUCGCUAUCUGCUAUCAGCUACACCAUCCCCAUCCAAAUUCUAAUUCCUAAAUAAUGAUACCUGAUUGGUAGUCACGUUUGGAUCGUUUGACCUGUACCUUAUUGUUGGACAGUAUUGACUUCAGUUUCAAAUUACACCGCGGCCAUUACAGACGUCGUUAAGUACAAAUCGCUGAAUAAUGGAGGAACAACCAUCACCUUCUACAAUGAAAACGAAUCAAGCAAUAUCUUCACCCCAAAUAAAAAUUAUAUAUUUUCUCACAUUGGUGUGCCAUCCUGAAAUCGCUGCCAUAGUUCGUCGAUCGUUUAAACUUUAUGAUUCAGAUGAGGUUUUUGAAAAACUUAGGGAAAACCUAGAUCAAUUUUUUCAAGCACAAUAUUCCAAGUCCGCUCUCAAUUAUAGCGUUGAGAGCGAAUGCAUGGAACUUUUAAGACUACUGACAAUAAUUGGCACCAAUUUGAAUACCAAAACCCCUCUUGGUGAAACACCACUUCAUGUAGCAAUCAGAUUCGGGCAUGAAAAAAUCGUUCAAUUUUUUCUUGAUGAAAAAGUGGAUAUCACAGUUCCAAGCUCGCAGGGGAUUACACCGAUUCAGUAUGCUCUAAUCGCAGGAAGAACAAACAUUCUAAAACUACUUUUGACCACCAAAUUUGAUGUCACCUUUGAAGAUGACAUAGACGUUGUUAAAUUCUUGUUGAACAGGGAAGAUGAAGUGCUUAUCCCUGGUACACAAUUUUCCACAUUGUUGUUCUAUGCAAUCCGUACCAAUGAUGAUACAUUCAAUUUGGUAUUACCAAACUGUUCAGUUUCGAACAUCAAUGCUAUAGGUCCUGGUGAAUUAACUCUACUAAAUUUUCUGAUUGAAUCGGAGGAUAAAGAACUGAUAAGCCUCCUCCUUGAUUAUGGUCUUGAUAUCAAUAUUCAAGGGGAAUACUACACUCCACUUAUCUACGCCGUAGAUAAAUAUCCGAAUAUGGUAGCAUUCCUCUUGCAGAAGGGUGCAAAUGUUAAUUUGGAAUCUGCAAGUGGCUUUCUUCCUAUUCACAUAGCAACAUUUAACAUGCAAGAGGGGAUUAUCAAACUUUUAAUAAAAUAUGGGGCUGAUGUUAACUCCCGAACAAUCGACGGUAUGACUAGUUUACAUCUUGCUUUUGAGUAUUCCAAGAAAAAUAUAAUUCAGUUUUUGUUGAGCCUGAAGUCUGAUCUAAAUGCUCUCGAUGUCACAAAUUGUACUCCUCUUGAAUUAGGUUUCAGCGAUUUGGGCCCGAUCCAGAUCACUAGUCACUUCACUUCGUCUGUUUUGGCCAAAAUAGCAAAUAUGCGAGCCAAUAAGGAGUAUGUUAGUGAGCACAAUAUAAAUUUUAUAGAAAGAAACGAAUAUUUGCGAGAAUUGUACAAGAAAUGCGAGAAUGAAUUUCGGCGAAUGCAAAUGAAGAAAUUUGUUAAUGUCGGAAAGUAUCGAAUGUCUGACUUCCUUACGAGUGAUCUCCAGAAAUUAACUACUUUAGCUCGGAACAAUGAGGCGAUGAAAACUCUCAAAGGAAGGACAGACGAUUUUCCUUUUUAUAGGAAUCAAUUGCAAAGGAAUAUUGUCAGGGCGAAAUUGAGAUUUAGAAGGGUUCAACGUUGCGUAGACCCCUUUUCUGAUCUUGUAAAAUGUGAUCUGCCUUUCUUUAUUUUCGACAAAAUAUGUGGAUAUUUGAGUGAUCAUGAAUUGCGAAACCUAGCCAUAUUUCUUAGAAGCUGAUAGUAAUUUUUAAAAUAGGGAAUAAUUUUUUCUGUUGUCGUACAGCAAAUAUUAACUUGUGGGUUCUUACGCAGUUAUACAAAGCAAGUUGUCAGUUCGAUUCAUUAUUUAUAUGACUUUUAUGUACUGUAUUUUAAAUUUAUGAUUUUAUCAACGUGAUUUGUUUACCUGUGAUGUACAAAAAUUAAAAAGAUUAGCUUAAAAAUGUAAAGAUUUAUAUCAAUGAGAUGAAAUGAAAAAUCGAAAUUUGAAGCAACCAGAAACUGCGAUUCACAUUUAGAUUAAUUAUUGAAGUCAAAUUUUGUACAUAUAACGAUUGUAAUUGUAGUGGUGUAUGGUAUUUAAAUGAGUACAUUUGUAAUAUUUACGAAUGCCAUUUGUAACAUUAAAAUAUUUUUUUUCUUUUAAAAUAAAAUAUUAGCUACUUCAAAUGC